AAGACAAGAGAGGACGAUUGGGGUAAAAAGCUUAGAAUUUCAUUAUGGGGCACAAUGUUUUGAGUGGACAGCUCUGGGAAUGAUGAGAAGAGGCAGGUAUUGGUGCCUGUUCAUUCAGAAAUCUAAUGCAUAUUGUAAACCGGACUCUCUGGUUACAUAGUAACUAAAAGGACAAUAGCAUUUUUUUGGAUCUAUUAUUAGAUUGUGUGUAAAUCGCUCAUCCAGUGUUCUAACCAAGACUUGUAAAGAUUCAUUGAAUAUGUGUCAAGGAAACCAAAAACUGUAACUCAAAGAGGACUACUGGUCUGCAGGGCUAACAGCCAAACUGAAGUGACUCCUUCUUGUAAGAAAUCUGCACCAAAUGACCAGAUGCAUUAUUUGAAUGUAAAGAUUUUAAUAUGAAUCCUAGAGAAUCUAUUGCAAGUUUCUUUGAUAACCCAGGUGUUUGGCAAACAUUAUCAUUUUUUGUGAGAAACUGUGACUUUUGACAGUCCCCUGGCUAUCUUUUGUGAUCCAGUAUAGUUUCAUUAGAUGUAGCCUGCAAUUUCUGAGAAAAUAUUAACACAAAGCCAUUGGAGAUCAAUAUGGCCCCUUGCUUUCAGAGAAACCUACAAGAACAUGCUUGUGAAAUUCACUUAAUCCAACAGAACAGAAUCAAUGAAAUCCCAUUGCUUCUUUCUGCCCAAAAGAAUCGAGUGAGACUGCUUAGAAAGCUUCUAGCUUCUAAAUCCACAGAUCCCUUUCAGACAGGUGCUGUUGGAGAGACUGCUCUGCACCUGGCUGUACUGUAUGACAAUGUAGAUGCAGUAAGAGUCCUCUUAGAAGAAGCUCCUGACCUUCUCAACCAACCUAUGACUUCAGAACUUUAUGAAGGCCAGACUGCUUUACAUAUUGCUGUGAUGCGACAGCAUGUAGUGAUUGCUCAGCAGCUGAUUGAAAAAGGAGCGGACAUCUCUAAGGCACGUGCUGUUGGAUCUUUCUUCAAACUCAAACCUACCAGCACCUUCUAUUACGGAGAACAUGUUCUCUCAUUUGCUGCUGCUGUGGGUAACGCAGAGCUGGUUCGUUUAUUACUGCAACAUGGGGCAAAUCCUGAAGUUAAGGACUCUCAAGGAAACACCGUUCUCCAUAUACUGGCAUAUCAACCAAACAAGAUGGUGGCUUGUCAGAUGUAUGAUCUGAUACUUUCUCACCACAAAGAGCAUUUUGGGUCUAGUUUAGAGGAUAUCUGUAACAUUGAAGGACUCACACCACUGAAGAUGGCCGCCACUAGAGGAAAUGUUGUGAUGUUCCAGCACAUUGUCCAGAAGAGGAGGCAUAUUCAGUGGACGUUUGGUCCUGUUAGCUGUUAUCUUUAUGACCUAAAAGAGAUAGACACGUGGGAAGACCACAAAUCCGUCCUCGACUUGGUUGUGUCAUCGAGAAAGAAAGAGUCUAGGCAGAUCUUGGACCUCACACCGGUUAAAGAGUUGGUUAAUUGGAAGUGGCAGCGAUUUGGGCGUUUCUAUUUUUGGUCCCUAGCACUGAUCUACGUCAUAUACAUGAUUUGUGUGUCUCUUUGCUGUGUCAACCGACCUCUUAAAGCCAGACCAGAAAAUGCUACUAACCCACGAGACAUCACCAUCUAUGUACAGAAAAACCUCCAGGAAGCAUACACGGAGCCUACAGACCUCACACGACUGGUUGGAGAAAUGAUUAGUGUCAUGGGAGCAAUCAUUAUUUUAAUACUCAAAAUCCCUGACUUUCUAAUGAUAAAAGAUGCCAGAUAUCUCACACAUGCAGUGCAAGGUGGACCAUUCACCCUCAUUAUUGUGUCCUUCCCCUGCAUGAUCCUGGUGACUCUUGUUCUGAGACUCACUAGCACCAGUGGAGAGGCGGUCCCGAUGUCUUUAGCACUAGUGAUUGGCUGGUGCUAUGUCAUGUAUUUUGCACGAGGAUUCCAGAUGCUUGGACCUUUCACAAUCAUGAUUCACAAAAUGAUUUUUGGAGACCUAAUGCGCUUCUGCUGGUUAAUGGCUGUCGUCAUACUAGGUUUUGCUACAACAUUCUAUGUUAUUUUUCAGACAGAAGACCCUUCCAAACUUGGGCAUUUUUACAGCUAUCCCAUGGCUCUUUUCAGCACCUUUGAACUGUUCCUCAAUGUCAUCAACUCUCCAACGAAUUAUGAGGUGGACCUUCCCAGCAUGUUCAACAUCAUCUACUUCAUCUUCACCAUCAUCGCUAACCUUCUGAUGCUCAACCUGCUGAUUGCAAUGAUGGGGGACACCCACUGGCGAGUGGCGCAGGAGAGGGACGAGUUGUGGAGGGCACAGGUUGCAGCCACCACAGUAAUGCUGGAAAGAAAACUCCCACAAUGUCUUUUGCCUCGAUCCGGUGUUUCUGGCAGGGAAUAUGGUCUUAAAAACCAUGCGUACCUUCGAGUGGUGGUAAGGAAGGACCCAAGUCAGCAUAAAAUCCGUCGUUACAUAGAAGCAUUUCAAGGACCAGAAAAUGAAAUUAAAGGACAUAAAGGGAACUCAGAGAAACCCAAAAGAGUGAAGAAUGUACAUUUAACCAAAGCGAUCAUUUGUAGCUCUCAUAUAAACCUUCCGACAUUCACAUUCACAGAAGCAGAGGAUGAUGAACCACAUCAAACUCCACAACCUCAAGCUAAAUUUUUAAAUAGAGGUGCAGUUUCCAUACAAAACACUCCAAGUAAGACAAUCCUCGAGUUGCCUCAAAUACAUAUAGAAACUAAAGAAUGUGACCAUAGUUCUUCAGAAAAUAGAACAAUUCCUGUGAGAAAGAUCAGUGGCCGUGGGUGGCAGAUUGUCAGAUCAGUCACCUUAGAAAGACUACGGGGUAUGAUGCCACAAAACAACACAGAGGACACAGAUGAGAUACACCAUGUGUGACACAACCUUGGUAACACAAAGGAAUGUGGAGACAGACUGAAAGUGGAAAAUAAUGUGUUAUAUGAAGGUCUCUAACAGAAGACACAAAGUACUAGACCUCAUCUCGCUAAAUAGAAUUCCCAGUAUUAUCUGAAUGGAGGAGAAAUAUUUAACAGCGUUAUAUGUUUUCACAUGGAGUAAUAUUAAAAUGUUACUAUCUAUCACUUGGAAAGGCAUGCAUGUGGCAUGCAGUGGGUUAAAUGUUUUGUAAGAGACUAUUGUCAUAAAUAGACACCUGAAAAACACAAACUUGUGAAAAGAUGGAACUUGGAUAGUGACGUAAUAAACACUUUUUGAAAAAAGUGUAA